CUGCCUUGGUCUCUUGGUCUCGCUGGGACGGCAAUAAUGUAUUGGCCAAUGUAUCCACUCCGAGGGUUCCCUUGACUCCGAAGUCUCGUAUGGCCGGAUCUGAUAACUUUCUUCCCCUUUUCACGAAGCUGAACUGUAUAAAAAGGUUCCUCUCGCACUGGAGCGUGUACGUUGAUGCUUCCCCUUUAAUGUAUCAAGUACUCUCCUCGCCCACUUUCAUUAUUCCUCUGAAAUCUGCCCUUCGUUAAGCUUAAACCAUGAGAGCUGCCAUCUUUACUUCCCUGGCUUGCAUUGCAGCUAGCGCCGCUGCAUUCCAAUACCCGGAGUUUGUCCCACUGCAUCGCCGCCAGGAUCCAGGUACCCCCGAGUAUAACUGUCAUGCGAACUGUGGCGGCGUGAUUGUCGCUGCACGUACGGAUGGUUACUGUGGCUCGAGCCAGUUCAAGAGCGAGCUUAGUGAAUGCUUGGACUGUGCUCUUGAGUACGAUAUUUGGAAGUACUAUGGGAGCUCUGUGUCUGCAGCUGCUACCAACUGUGGGCUGGAUGCAACCCCUGUUGAAUCAGCUUCUAGCACUACCACUGGUACCGGUACCAGCACCACUACUGAGACAACAACUACCACUUCUUCAAAGGUAGAGUCCACUACAACCUCCGAGGAGACUACUACCACUUCCAGUGCGACUCCUCCGGCUUCUGUGUCCAGCUCUAGCACUGUGGUGAGCUCCUCUUCAUUGAUACCGACUGCCUCCCCAACGGCCUCCGGAAGCCCUACAUCCAGCCCAAGCACCCCAUCGCCUUCGACUCUGGCUUUUGAAGGAGGUGCUUCCACACUGUCACGCGGCGGAUUGCUAUUUGGCAUUAUUGCUGGAUCGAUCAUCGCAGCAUUAUGUGAAGUGCCAUCAAUGCUCUGGUAGACCAUAGUAUCUUCCCAGCGGGUGCACUUUGCGUGCUUUGAGGUAGCUUGGUUGGUGUGGCUGGGGUGUUAUGGCUUUAGGACCCUGCUUAAUUUCCCCUUCUGAUAUCUUUUUUGUUUUCUAAUUAUAAUAUAUGGUUGUCAUCAUG